AGACGCCAGAAUUUGGCGUCAUAAGACACCUAUGUUUUGGCGUCAAAAGACGCCAACCCAUUUACAGUAAAGGGGGGGAAAAUGCCCGAAGAUGCCGAGAGAUUGCUACCUUUCGAUGAUGGGUUUUCUCUGAAUCACACUAAGUCUGAAAGAACUUUAAUAAUUGUCCAUACACUCUGAAUGUGAAGGAACUUUUUUUUGUACCUUAAUCUAGCACCAAAAUGUUUGUCCAUAGCCGCCGACAAGAGAUCUAUGGACAAAAACGUGUCAUUUUAUAGACAAAUUGUGUCAUUAGAAGGGACAAAAUGUUCCUUAUGAAAUUUGUUCCUUCCUUUGUAACAAAUUUGUUGCGAACAAGCAACAAAUUUAAACGUCCACUCGCUGGGACAGAUGUCUUUUUUUUCCGUGCUGAUCUCGCUCUCCAGAGAGCGAGAUAUCUGACUCUAGCGUUUUCAGUGCCAUUACUCGGUUCAAAUUUUCAUCCGUUUGAGAUGUGCACAAAAACGUACUAACAGUACAAUUAUCUUUUUUUGUGUCUAGUUUAGAGACAAAUUUGAAUCUAUUUGAUAUGUGCUUACGAACGCAUCCUCGCUGGACAAAAAAUCGUCCUUUCCCAUGUAGAGUGAAGAUGAAUUUUCGUGAAAUCACAGCAACCUUUUCAACAGCGCAACAACCCGGGGUCUGUGGGUCUGAGGGCCAUUGGCCACCCUGUAUAGUCACACGCGGUCGGACGUCACUCGAUUGUCGGCAUGUUCUGUCCUCUGACGAUACUUUCGCAAUGCAACAAAUCACGUGCCUGUAUAAUGCGCGGGGAGGGUGUCCGCGGGGACGGGACCUGGCCGAUGCGUCGGUAUAAAGCCCCAGGGCAGGGCGCCGGGACGGGCAGGGUCAGCGCAGCUCUGGUGGCGAACAGCGGCGGCACACCAUGUUUUUCCAGAGAUCAACCACGACGCCGACGACCGGCGGCGAGAUGGCGGCGUCCCUCCACCGGGUCCGCGACGCCAUCCGCGAGGAGCGGAGGAAGAGGAUCGCGGAGCGCCUCAAGAAGCCGUCCGUGGCCGACUUCUACAAGGGCCGCAACGUCUUCAUCACGGGCGGCUCCGGCUUCGUGGGCCGCAUGGUCAUCGAGCAGCUGCUGCGGACGUGCCCGGACAUCGGCACGAUCUACCUCGUGAUGAGGGCCAAGAAGGGCACGGCCCCCCAGGACAGGCUGCAAGGGCUGCUCGACGUGCCCCUAUACGACAGGCUCCGUGCCGAGCGGCCCGGCGCGCUCUCCAAGCUGGUCGUGCUCCCGGGGGACAUCACCGAGCUGGGCCUCGGGCUGAGCCGCGAGCACCAGGACCUGCUGCGCAAGGAGGUGUCCGUCGUGUUCCACAUCGCGGCCUCGGUGCGCUUCGACGACCCCUUCCAGAAGGCCGUGUUCACCAACGUGCGCAGCACGCGCGAGGUGGUGGCGCUGGCCCGGGGCAUGCGCCUCGCCUCCCUGGUGCACGUGUCCACGGCCUACACCAACGUGAACCAGGACCCCGAGCGGGAGCAGGUGUACCCCACGCACCUGGACUGGAGGAGCGUCAUCCGCAUGGCGGAGGAGAUGGACGCCGGCAGCCUGUGGGCCAUGGACUGCCUGGGCCCCAAGCUCCGCGACUUCCAGCCCAACUCGUACACCUUCACCAAGGCCCUGGCCGAGGUGCUGAUCAACGAGGUCGCCGACGAGCUGCCCGUCGUCAUCGUGCGGCCGUCCAUCGUCAUGCCCACGUUCAAGGACCCCAUUCCCGGCUGGAUCGACAACCUGUACGGCCUGGGCGCCUUCUGGGCGGCCGCCUGGAAGGGACUGAUCCGCGUGUCGUACUCCCCGUACAAGGAUGUAGCGUUCGACAGCGUGCCCGGCGACGUGGUCACCAAGAUCACCAUCCUGGCCUCCUGGGCGCGCGGCCUCAGCUACAGCGUUAGGGCGCCUCCCGCCGAUGGCAGUGCCCCCAAGGCCAAGGGCGUGGAAGUCGUGCACGCCACCGUGGGGAAGGUGGGGUGCUCGUACACGGACAUGGAGUGGGUCACACAAGAGCUCUCCACAAAAAUCGCCUGCACUGGGAUGAUCCGUGACACCAAGUACACCCUGCGGAACAACUACUUCGUGUACCUGGUGGAGCACUGGUACCACCACAUCCUGUACGGCACGGUACUCGACCUGGCCGCAACACUCACUGGCAAAAAACGGAGGGCGAUGAAGGCAUACCGCAGCUUGGCAGUGGGCCUCGAAACGUUGAAACAGUUUUCGAAGGAAUUCAAUUUCACAUCGGAGAACCAGGAGUACAUACAGACCCUCAUGCAUCCCAAGGAUGAGGAUGCGUACUGCACCCUGGCAUACUUCAGCGGUAGAGACAAUAUAGAAAACUUAUGCGACUGGGCCUCCAACACGAUAAAGGGCGUACUAAUGUACGCGAUGAAGGAGGAUAUUUCACCCAAAAACCUCAAGGAUAUUCCAAAGAUUAAGAUGGCUAUGAAAUUAUACCACGGAACAAUGGCUGCUAUCGCCGGAAUAGCAGCGUACAGCUUGGUGCCUUCAUAAUUUCUAACUUCCGUUCUCCGACCGCCGACCAAGCAAGAUGCAAGUAUUUAUUAUUAUAAUAUCAUACGUUUAUCUUUAUACUUAUGUCACUACUGUACGUUUAUCCUUGUCUGUUUUAUUUCUAUCUGAGGGUUUCUUUCAUCCUAUAAGGACUAUCACAAUUCGUUAACAAGAUCAUCGUAUUUUAGUUUUCAGAAAAUCCCUCAGAAAAAAUCCAAUUUACAUAGAAAUGAAACUGACAAGGAUACCACUGUAGAUGGGUUGGCGUCUUUUGACGCCAAAACAUUGGCGUCUUAUGACGCCAAAUUUUGGCGUCCUAUGACGCCAAAUCCUAAAAGACGCCAAAUUUUGGCGUUCUUUUACUGGACGCCAACCCAUUUUACAGUGACGGAGCGAGAGCCUCAAUUUGUCUCACCAAUGCACCCUGUGCAAGCUGUUUUAAAUAUAAUGAUUUGUUUUUUAAAAAAGGAAACGCUGAGCUUGA